AACGCAGUUUGGGGGCUCUUUUCGCCCUCCCCCCACGCCAGUCCUGGAGCUGGAAGGAGGAAGAGCAAGAGGCCGGCGGACCGGGUGUGUGUUGCGCUGAGCGCUGGGGAAGCUGGUUGGCUGCUCCUGCCUACGAGGACGGGGACGCUCCAAGCGGCAGGGCCAGAGCAGCAAGGCAGAAGGGCAGCUCAGCUUGCGACUCAGCGGCGGAAAAGGAGAAAGAGGCGGCCGCCACCCGGCGAAAGACGGGCUAGAGUGCUUCUGGGGGAGCCGCUGCGGCCAAAGGGCGCGAGGGCGCAACCGGACAGGAACGCGCGCCGGGCUUCUGAACCCAUUAGCCGUCGCCGCAAUUCCCUCCUGCGCCUGUUUGCCUGGAGUUGGUUUGGGCUUCUGGAAUUGCGUCGCCUGCGGCAAGCUCGGAGUUGCUGAAGUGUCUUGGAAGAACUGACAGCAUCAAUGACUGGGUUGACCAUCUCUCUCAAUUCCAGAUUAUUUGCAACAUAGUUAAGAAAGAGCUAUUCAAGAGGACCCCUCUCUGAUUGGUGGUGCAGACAACUACUCUGCUCUGUGCCAUUGCCCUAAAUGCAGACAGUAACUGAAAAUGGUGAUCCUCCUUCUGGAAAACCAAAUGAGGAGAAAACUUAUAAAAAGGUUUUUAAAAUCAUAUGCAAACUUUGCAGGUUUAUUUUAUUUUAUACCAUUCCAAACAGAGUACUAAAAUGAACACAGUUCACUUUUUUGUGAGCUACAUAUUAUCACAGAAAAUAUUGAUUUAAAGCACAAGAAAAUCUAUUGUCCUAGUGUUUAAGGUUAGAUCAUACACUAUGUUUUCCAUGUACAUUUGCAAAACCUCCUCUGUACUAGCCCCUGGAAGCACAAACUGCUGGGUAGUCAUCUCCUAGCCCAUGGCAUAUGCCUCACAUCAAGAAGAAAAUUUAAGUGCCACUUAAUCACCUUUGCGAUAGCAUGUUCUUUGUUUCAUUUGAGAGGAAAACCUGCCCUAGCUGCCUUUCCCCAGUCCUGUCUAGUGUUGGUUGCAUUUGACUGUUCAUUUUAUUCUGAUUGCAGACAAAGGCAGAGAGAGCACAGAAAAUAGCUAGGAUAGCAGUUUCCUUGAUUCUCUUAUGGGCAAGAAAAAAAUAAGGAUUACUCCUCAAAGAACUUAAUUUGAGAGUAGUUGAAACCGUAUCAUGACCUAGGGUGAAACACUGCUUUUUGUUUUUUGUCCCAAACACCCUUCCAACUUUAUCAUGAACUACCCAACCAAAAACAAAGUUAUCACUAGGAUAAUGUUGGGAAGAGUAUAUUUUUUAAAAUUUAUUUGGCCUGUGAGACGACAAAAGCAUGUUUGAACUGAUAAAUCUCCAUAGUUGUUUUCUGUCUUUAAUUUGAAUGCAUUCAUAUCAGAUUAAUGACCAUUUGAAAUUCAUUUGAAGCCAAAUUAGGGCCAUGAAAUUUGUUGGCCUCCACAAUUCCAUCAAAGGCUUAGAGGCACUGGCUCAUUUCUAGUAGUGAAUGUUGUUGGUUUAGUGUUCAUUUAAUUGCUUGUGUGGUUUGUUUCUGUUAAUGCAUCAAUAGGACCAUCUUUCCUUUUGAAGAGAUCUGCCUCUCAGCAUUGGUAAUCUUAUAUAGUGACCAUGAAUUUAGCCUAGUAUUCUCACAUUUCAGCAAAUGCGCUUGGUUUGAGUUGCCUGCAGCCCUACAGAAAUUAAUGUUUGUUUAAUCAAGUCUAAUAUUUCUUCUAAUAUUUAAUGUGGCAAAGGUAGAGUAAUCACUGAGAGACUCUGAAGCUGCAAAUGGCACACUGAGCUAGUCUGUUAAUGACUGUAUAGGUAACAUUAAUUUUAAUGUCCGUCAGCAAAUGGAGAAUCCUUCAGAUUGUUCUAAAAAUCAGAGUGUAAUGUCACAGAAGACAAAAAGUAACUCCAAAAGGCCAUUAUUGCUGCCACCCAGGCAGACUUUACCAUCUUGGUGUUGUGACUCAGCUGACAUCUUAAGACACAGGAGAUCCUUUUAGAAAUUCUAGCUAUUUUUCCUGCUUUUCCUAGUUAUUUUGGUGUUUCCUGGUAUGUGGGAAUGGAUCUAUCAGAAGGUUCUCAAAUAAUUAUGUUGAAGAACAUUGGCAUGUUUUCGUAUUACUGGCAUAACAAAGCUAGUUUGGGGCAAAGUGGAAACUAAGAAGAGCCUGUAAAAUGCAUGUGAAGAGCAGGAUCUGCUGCAAGAUUGGAACAUGUAUAAUUCUUCAUAUAUGUACAGCUGCUACUCUUGUUGAUCUGCUUUUUCACUGCCAGAUGCCAUGUGGCUUCUGAAUGAGUAAAGAUGCUCUGGGUCAGUGUGGAGGGUUAGUUAACCAUGAUGGCAGCCAAUACAGAAGUGUGAAAUAGCACCCCCACAAGCAUAGCCCUUCCUUUCUUGCUUUAUGACAGUCAAGGACUCUUGCAGCCAUUUUUCUCUCGGAUAUUUUAUUUAGCUUACUUUUUCAAAUAAUCCUUUUUUUUUUUUUUUCCAUUCAAGGCUCUGACUAAAGAUUGGCCAAUUGCAUAAUCCGGACACUGAAGCUAGCUGACCUUUAGGGGUUAAUGUUAGCUGAUUAUUUCAGUAUAACUAAAGCUGCUAAUUUUUGCAGGGCCCUUCAGUCAAAAUGGUUGACUGUCAUCCUUGAUAACUAUUUAAAACAUGCCCCAUAUGAAUUCAAGUCUUUAGCUUAUGCUUCAUGACUAUUAUUAUGCAUGAAUAUACAAUUUUCUGUUACUCAUUCAACAGUAAUAGUUCUUAACAAUAACUGCAUCAUUUACAGAGGCUUGGUUCUAUUUUGAGAGUAUGUAUAAAAAGGGAAAAGGACAUGGAAAAUUUUAGUUUCUGAUUGGACAGCCAAUCAUCCAUAGGAUAAAUUUUAAUAAUACAAAUAUGCCUUGAGACUUAAUAGUAUUUUCCAUGUACUUCAAGAGGUAAAUUUAAUAACAAUAGUUCACUUUCUCUUCAAUUAUGCAGGUUUUUUUCCUUUGGACAGGAAAUAACAUUGGCCACUGUAUCAGAAUUGCAAUAUAAACAGAAAUAUAUGUACAUAGAAACCACUCUUAAGAUAAUGUCAUGGUUUAAUGUCAUUAAAUGCUUCUGUUUACUUUCCUGGAGUUCAUUUAUGUAACUUCCUUAGGUGGAUCUGAAGGUGUAUCUCUUUUAAGUUCCUGGUAGAAUAGUUAAAGAUUAGAACAGUAAUUCAUAUACUAUUGCAUUCCUCAUGGUCCUCAGUAAGACUACAUCAGAAUAAGUUUAGUCUGAGUGGUAUCUACAAUAAUUUAGAUACAAGUUUCAGUUGCUUAAUUCCUAAACCUGUCUAGAGGCAAAUUGUUCCCUUCUUUCCCUCCCUUCCACUCAAGUAAAAUCUCUUACAUUGCAAUCCUAUAUGAUUACUCAGACAUAAGCCCCGUUGUUUCUCCUGUGAGGCUUACUUCCAAGUACAUUGGUAUAGGAUUGUAGAGAUCUUCCUUAAAAUCCUGAAUCACUCAGGAUGCAUAAUCUUAACUCAAAGACUUUGCUUCUAAUGCAUUAUAUUUACAUACAAAUUACUUUCUGGAGGCAGUUAAUUUGUUGUGCCUUCUGUUAGUUGAUUCUAAUUUUUUUGGACUUGCACCCCACUGCAGACAAAGUGGACCUGAGCUCUAAUUAGUCUGGAUCAACUACUAAACUCCCCUACACUUCCUUGCCACAAAUGACAUCUAUAAAACAACCUUAGUGAUUUGUAUCUUGCAUUUUGUUCUAUAAAAGAAGAAAAAUGUUCUGGAACAUCUUGAGUAGAGUUGACGAAUAUGUAGGAAUUCUGUUGUCAUAGUUCAAAAGAUUGCACAAUGGUUACUAACUAUACACAGGAUAAAAAACAUAAAAUCAGACUUUAUCCCUUAGCUUUGUCUAUUUCUAGUUCCUUUACUUCUGUAUCUUAAUUGCCAGUGUUUUCAGUAGUUGCUGACUCUUGGAUAAGGUAUAUAUAGAUUACAUACAAGGUAUUUAUAGACAGAUAAAAAUGUUUCUCUAAAAAUUCCUUAAGGUUUUCUUCAGUCAAAUUGAAAGGAGAUAGGUAUUAACUAAAUUGGAAAUUGAAUUGUUAGUGGAAUUACAAUACUAAAAGAGAACAAAUAGUUCCUUGCAGGCAGAUGUUCCUAAAGCAAGCUGUGAUUCAGACCUGCCUUGUUCUGUGUGACUGGAAUUUUAGAAAGUGAUUCAUUCAGAGUUUCUAGUUUAAGAAUUGCCAUACCAAACCUUUGUCACCAUAUUUAAAUUUGUAGUUUUGGCUCCUAAUAUAAAAUGGUCUUUGAUUUCAGUGAUAGUCACUUAUGUGCUUUUUCCUUGUCAGGCCAGUGUAGAUGAAUUGUUCAGGUCUCACGGUGAAGCAACUGUAAGCUUUAAUAAAGAAGGUGUGUUCAGUCUGUACCUACAAUGGGGAAUGUAAUUCUGCCAGAGCUAGUAUGAAAGCAUGCUUCAUGCAUUCUCUGUUUGUACUUCCUUACAUCUAGAAGGGAAUACAGACAUCUACCAUAACUUCCAAACAUGCCCACUUGAAGUAAACCGGGGAGUUCCAAAGCUGUCUGUCUUGGACAUUUAAAAUGUAUCUAAACACAUUACAUAUAAUUCCGAAGACCAUUCUGAUUCCUGAACACCACGUUUUAAAGCUUCCAUAGACAAGAUGUCUGGAUGUUUCUCAGGCCAUCUAAUCGCAGUGCCUAAUAAAGUGUUGGCUGGUUAAAAUUUAUAAAGGUCUAAAUAGUCAUGGCAACAAUAAUGAAGGAGUUCAAAGGUUAGUUAAUUUCUGUAAGCUUGAAUACUAUUAGUUGGCCCAUAAAAUGUAGACCUUGAGUUUCUGAUUAGAAUUGUAGUCUGCUGGUUAAUACCCAGUACACUGCAUCAAAUGGAUAAAAUGCUUUUUUCUGACAUUAAUAAUAAAUGUUUAUUUUCUUAUAUACCAGAAAGCUGCUGUGACAACUUUGGACUAGCUGAGUUGAUCUUUACUAUGUUGAGAAACAAACAUGGAGAUCCUCCAGUCCUGUCCAAUUCCAUGGAGGGGUGUAAUUGCCUACACUGAAAGAAUCAAAGUUAGGCAUGAGUUGAAUUCCAGAUGAUCUUACAGCAGGAAUGGAAAACCAUUUUUGGCCCAAAGGACAACAUGGUUUUAGGUGAAACCUUUAUGAGUCUCAUGUCCUGAGUCAAUGAGGAGAAGGAGAGCUCUCCUGCUCUUCUUUUCUCAUGCAUUUGAUGCCAUAUGAUGGUUUUCCUAAUUUAGUUUUAUUGAGUUAGGGUAUUUUAUUGUCAAUCGUUUAUGCUAUUUUAAAUUGUUUUGAUUUUUAGGACCUUUUUUUUUGAGAAUGGGAUCUUAAGAAAUGUAAAUAAUAAUAAUAAUUUUACUGUCCCUGACAUUGACUUAUACCCUGAUCUCUCACCUGUGAAAAGGUUUAAAAGCCUCCACUUGUACGUGUGCAAUUCUAAUUGCAGGACUGAGGAUAGGAUUAGGUAUUUGGUGCAUGGGCCAGAGGCUCUCCAUCCUUGUCUUACAGCAACAUAGGUUUGCCACAGAAUAGGCAGCUGUGCUCCAUUUAUGGUUUAACGCAUACCUGCACAUAUGUCGUCUUCAGAUGAUAUCCUAAUUUUUCUACAUCAAAUUUGUACCAUUUUCUUGGUAAGACAGUAAAGUAUGUGAAAGCAAAGCAUUGCAUGUGGUGAUCUAUUGUUAUUCACAUAUGGCUACAUUUUCAGUAUGAUUUGUGAAAUAUGUUCUAAAUCUUCAUUGUGUAGGAAGAGAAGGACUAAUAGCCUCUGAAAGAAAGAACAACCCACUGUAAUCAGAUUAUUUUUGGUCGGCCCAGCAUUUUCCUUCUGUGGACAGGGGGAGUUCCUACAUCUGCAGAUAACUGAUCCAAUGGAGAAUGUCUGUUAGCAGAAUGGAGAGGAGGCAAUUUGUGUUGAUCCUUCCCACUCACUCUGCAUACCUCCCAGAUCUCCCAAAAGACAUCCCUCAGACCUUCAGGGGAUUGGGGGACCCUUCAGAGCUGCAGAGAAGGGGAUACUAGCUGUAGUAGGUUGGGGAAAUAGAUGACAAUACUCUCUACUUUCCUUCUGCAGGCAGGAGAAUUCUGAGUAGAAUUCUGCCAGUAGAAGGAAAUUCUGCAUCCAACCCAGUGGAUGGUGAGCACUCUUCUUUGUAGGAGGUAGUGUCAGUUUUACUUAAUUAUAGAAGUGCGUUCAGAGAAUGCCUUUGGGCAGCUCCCAAGAGCCCACACUUCAGCAGAAGCCCCUGGAAUUACCCCUUCUCUUCACCAUGAAAUCUGUUUGUUCACCAGUAACUCACUCUGGCCCAGAUAAUUGAGCUGGCGAGAAGGAAGAGCAGCAGGAGACACUCCUGUCUGCUUACUCACUGGCUCACUAUCUGUCAAGCAAGCAACUGGUAGCAGCGAUGGAGGAGAGGCAUGAUAGCAGUUGGUGGCAAUAGCACUGAGAAGGUUGACUGACUGAGGGACAGGAUCCAUUGAAGGUAUCUUGACAGAUGACCCUCAGAAUUCUGGAGCCAAUGCUAUUUAAUUAUAUGUAUGGUGCUGUCCUUUCCCACUUACGGUAUGUAAGUAUCUGCACUAUAGAAAUAAUACUGUGGUGCUUGCUAAUUCUCAACAGGGUGGGGUUAAGAGUUAUGGUCAAGAAAUGCUUAUUUAUUUGAGAUGGGAGCAUAUUUUCUUUCAUGUCAGCAGGCCUUUAUGUGAGGAGAACAUUCAGGCCUCCUGAUGAAAAUUGAUCCACCCUCAGUAGCCUUCUAUUAACCUGGAGAAUGACUUGUACCUAUGGUACAUAUAUUUUGUUCAGCGGAGCAAUCAAAAUCUUUGUCUUUUCAAGGAAUCAAGCUUAACAAAAAUCAACAGAUUUGUUUCAGCCAAGCUCCAGUUUCUGUGACCCUCAUGUAGGAGACUGUUCAGUUAACAAAAAGGCUCAGUUUGAAACAAAAACUAAUCAAAGUUACAUAAUUUAGUUCACAUGCAGGACAUUAAUCUUUUAUAAAGACCUUUUCAAGACAAGAAAUGGGGAAUUUCUGAGCAAUCCAUUCAGCUCCUUUACCAAUUAAAGUAGUAUUUUAGGAAUGACCAACUGUGCCAUGUUCUCAACCAAUUGUCUAUUAGGAACUGUUAUGCAACUUGAAAGAUUUGAUAUUAAUUAAUCUAAAUGACACCCUAAUACUUACCCGUUGGCACUUUGUUUCUCAUUUGUAAAAUAAACCAAACUGAGAGAGAUGCAUUUUGAAGUAUUGUAUAAAGCUGUCACCAGACACAGUAUUCACAGUUAAGGUUCUUCAGUUCAUAGGUGAUACGAACUUUUAUUUACUCUUUUUCUGCACAGGGUCUCUUGAAUCAGACUGUAGUUGCAUAGAGGCAAUCAUUGGUGGAUUGCUCUUCCACAUUUUCUUUCAUUUUCUGUAAAGUCCAAGUGGGAGAUAUGUGUCUGAUAGAGAGAAAGUGGCAGGAGUGGAAGGGAAAGAUGACUUUCAAGCCAUGAUAUUUUGGCUUGUUAACUUCUGUUUCUAAGAUUUAGAGUUAUCAGAGCUGCUGGCCUUUUCUCUAGCAAGAGCUGUACUCUCCUCAGUCUAGUUAGCUAAAUGAAUGGCUUUAACUGUCCUGGUUCUGAGAAUAGCAGGCCCAGGCAGAUACCCACCCUGUAUAAUGAAAUCAGAUGGGUUUUAUUUCUCUCUGAUCUGUAGCUGAUAAAGAAUUUGAAACCUUAAUUUUAAAAAAUCAGUUUGUUUAGCAAAAAAUACUAUUUCAGCUCUCUGUGCCUCUUAGAUAACUCAAGAGACUGAUGAGGAGCAACAUUUUGCAGGAGAUCUGUAGGAAUCUUUGGCUUUUGCAUACUAGAGGUCUGCCUUUUCUUGAAAGAGAACACAACUCACUCCAAAACCCUUACUUUUUACAAUCUAUUACCAUUGCAUUCUAAUUGCAAAGCAAGUCAUGAAAAGUCACUUCUUUAAAGCAAGUUUCCUGUGUUUAUUCCCCUCAUUUGCUGAGAAGAGCUUGCUGACUGGCUGUUUGCACCAUCUCCUUGACCAGCUGCUGCUCACUGAGCUUUAUAGCCAUAUUCUUCACUGAGACUCCAGCACAACUUCAUUGUAGCAGCCUCUAGUGCAACCAGAAUCUACUUUCUUCACAAGUGGUCCAGCCACCAUCUCUCUGACUGCAUCCUCGGCUAUUAAGGGUGCCAUACAGCUGGGAAUCGGAUACACAGUGGGUAACCUCACUUCUAAACCAGACAGAGAUGUACUUAUGCAAGACUUCUAUGUAGUAGAAAGUGUGUUUCUUCCCAGUGAAGGAAGCAACCUUACCCCUGCUCACCAUUAUCCAGACUUCAGAUUCAAGACCUAUGCUCCUCUGGCCUUCCGCUACUUCAGAGAACUUUUUGGUAUCAAGCCAGAUGACUACCUGUAUUCAAUCUGCAGUGAACCACUAAUAGAACUAUCCAAUCCUGGUGCCAGUGGAUCCUUGUUCUUUGUCACUAGUGAUGAUGAGUUCAUAAUCAAAACAGUUCAACACAAAGAAGCAGAGUUUCUUCAGAAGCUGUUGCCUGGCUACUAUAUGAAUCUCAACCAGAAUCCAAGGACGCUUUUGCCAAAAUUUUAUGGACUGUAUUGUGUUCAGUCGGGGGGUAUUAAUAUCAGGAUAGUUGUGAUGAACAAUGUUUUGCCACGAGCAUUGAAAAUGCAUUUCAACUAUGACUUGAAAGGCUCCACAUACAAAAGGAGGGCAUCCAGGAAAGAGCGAGAGAAGUCCAACCCCACUUUUAAAGACUUGGAUUUUUUGCAAGAUAUGCAUGAAGGAUUAUAUUUUGACUCGGAAACCUAUAGUGCACUGAUGAAAACACUACAGAGAGACUGUCGUGUGCUGGAAAGCUUUAAAAUCAUGGACUAUAGUUUGCUGCUUGGAAUCCACAUAUUGGACAGUGCUGCAAAAGAGAGAGAAGGCGAGAGUUCUCAAAACACAUCUGAUUCUAAGCGCCCAGGAGGACAAAGGGUUCUCUAUUCCACAGCUAUGGAAUCAAUACAAGGUCCAGGAAAAACUGGGGACUGUGUUAUCACAGAAAGCACCAAUACAAUGGGAGGCAUUCCAGCUAAAAGCCACAAAGGAGAAAAGCUGCUGCUAUUUAUGGGCAUUAUUGAUAUCCUGCAGUCAUACAGGUUAAUAAAGAAGUUGGAACAUUCCUGGAAAGCACUUGUUUAUGAUGGAGACACAGUUUCAGUCCACAGACCAAGUUUUUAUGCUGACAGGUUUUUAAAGUUUAUGAGUUCCAGAGUAUUCAAAAAAAAUCAAACUUUAAAGUCCUCACCCUCCAAGAAACGAUGUAAUUCCAUUGCUGCUUUAAAGGCUACAUCACAGGAAUUUGUGUCUGUAGUUAGCCAAGACUGGAAAGAUGAAAAACACGACUUGCUUACAGAAGGACAAAGCUACUGUAGCCUUGAUGAAGAAGUAUUAGCUUCCCGACAUCGGCCUGAUUUAGUGCCAAGCACAGCCUCCCUGUUUGAAGCUGCAUCUUUAGCAACCACAAUUUCUUCUUCUUCUCUAUAUGUAGAUGACAAUUAUCCACAUGAUGGAACUAGGUUUUAUGCUAGCAGUAAAGGGCUGCCUUCAAGUUCAACGUUCACCUUAGAAGACAGUGCUAUCUGCUUGACUUCAGAACAGAGCACGGUAGAGACAGAGAAUGAUAAUGCUUCUGUGCUGGACGUAUACUUAUAACAGCCAAGAAAAAUAUGAAUUUAAAGAAUGAAUAUAUUUGACAAGAAGCACUUUGUACACUCCAGAUAUAUGAGGAAAAUUGCUGAGCCUGGUAAACAAAAAGUCAUAAUCAACAGAACCUGUGGAAAAUGUCAAAGGAGUCUUGAACCAUGGUAGUAAUACCUCAAGUCUCAGAAGACGAGAGACAUGAAACAUUCCACACUUUACUAUGACAUGCUGUUGUCUGCUGAACUGUGAAGAACUGCAUACACCGUACUUUAAGCUGCUUUCUCUACUAUUGCCAAUCAUCUUUUCAGGACUUGAAACUGAUACUUUCCUAUUGACUCUCACGUGAUUUUUUCAUUUGCAUGUAUUCAGUGAUUAUGCACAAACAAAAUAUCUAAUCAGCUUUUGCCUAUUUAAAAAGCCAUCAUCACAGUGGUGAUUAUUAUGUAAAUCAAUUCUGCUUUUCUCCCAGAAUUAUAAUUGCUCACCUAUUAAUUUCAUACAAGGGUUAGUGUAAUAUGUCUGCACAUACUUUAUGGAAACUAUCUUCUAUAAAGAAAUUUUCACUGUUUAUUAGUGAAAUGAAGAAAGCUAUUUAUAACAAAGCCUUAUGUUGUGUACAUAUAUUGUCUUUGAAAUAUUUGUGAUUAGAUAUAUUGCUUGUAAAGGACAAAAUUACAUAAUUUAUUUAGUAUAUUCUACUGUAAACUAUAGUUUUAUUGACAGAAAUAAAGUAUUUUGUUCUCAAAAUAA